AUGGCCACCAACCAUGCCAACAUCAAUCUCAUAACAUCUGGUCUUGGUCUCUUCUGGACGGCCGCCAGCAACACGCUCUUGGUGUACCUCGUCUACCACGCAUACGUAAACAUGCACUUCUUCAUGGACUAUCUCGUCAGGCCAGUGAGCAGCCGCAAGUACGUCGAAUACAUGGACCUCACACGAACAGACGACAUCUGCUUCUUCCUCUGUUCCGGAGCUUUAGCCACCUUCUCUAUUUCCGCCAUGAGCGUCUGGUACGCCCUGAUCGAUGUCUUCUGGCCGAUGAGGUUCGUCUUCUGGUUAUCGGUCGCACUGUUCUCCGCAGCCACCACUCUUGGUAUCGUCUGGGACCUUGGCUUGCUCAGAUGGGCAACAAAGGUCGUGCGGGCGUGCCAGCAGUUUGUCAGGAAUGGUGAGAAAUGA